AUGUUGGAUAUCAUUGAUUUUAUCGAAGAAAAGGGUGGUAACCCUGAAAUCAUCAGAACUUCUCAAAAGGCUCGUGGGGACUCUGUUGAGCUUGUUGAUGAAAUUAUUGAAGAAUACAAGUACUGGACCACCGUUAGAUUUGAUUUGGAUGCCAAGAACAAGGAGCUCAAUAAGGUACAAAAGGAAAUCGGUAUGAAGUUCAAGGCCAAGGAAGACCCAGCUGAAUUGAUGGCUGUCAAGGAUACCCUCGUUAAAGAAAAGGCUGAAUUAACUAAGAAAGAACAAGACGUUGACAAACAAUUGAGAUGGAAGGUCAACCAAGUCGGUAACAUUGUUCACAAGUCUGUUGUCGUUUCUAACGAUGAAGAAAAUAACGAGUUGGUUAGAACUUGGUUGCCAAAGGGCGUUGAAGAAGUUGGUGAUCUCGCUACUGCUACUGGGAAGCCUGCUGCUUUAUCACACCACGAAGUUUUGUUGCGUUUGGAUGGUUAUGACCCAGAACGUGGUGCCCGUAUCGUUGGUCACCGUGGUUUCUUCUUGAGAAAUGCCGGUGUUUUCUUGAACCAAGCUAUGAUCAACUAUGGUUUGUCUUUCUUGGCUAAGAAAAACUACACUUGUUUGCAAGCCCCAGUUAUGAUGAACAAAGAUGUCAUGGCUAAGACCGCCCAAUUAUCCGACUUCGAUGAAGAAUUAUACAAGGUUUUGGAUGGUGAUGAUGAAAAAUACUUGAUCGCUACCUCUGAACAGCCUAUUUCUGCCUACCAUGCUGGUGAAUGGUUUGAAUCUCCAGCUGAACAAUUGCCAAUCAGAUACGCUGGUUACUCUUCUUGUUUCAGAAGAGAAGCCGGUUCCCACGGUAAGGAUGCCUGGGGUAUUUUCAGAGUUCACGCUUUUGAAAAGAUUGAACAAUUUGUCUUGACUGAACCAGAAAACUCUUGGGAAGAAUUCGACAGAAUGAUCGGUAACUCCGAGGAGUUCUACCAAUCCUUGGGUUUGCCAUACAGAGUUGUUGGUAUCGUUUCUGGUGAAUUGAACAACGCUGCUGCUAAGAAAUACGAUUUGGAAGCUUGGUUCCCAUUCCAAAAGGAAUACAAGGAAUUGGUUUCUUGUUCUAACUGUACCGAUUACCAAUCCAGAAACUUGGAAAUCAGAAGUGGUGUCAAGAAGGCUGCUAGUGCCAAGAAGGAAUACGUUCACUGCUUGAACUCCACCUUGUGUGCCACUGAAAGAGCUUUGUGUUGUAUUUUGGAAAACUAUCAAACUGAAGACGGUAUCAUUGUUCCAGAAGUUUUGAGAAAGUACAUCCCAGGUGAACCAGAAUUCUUGCCAUUUAUCAAAGAUUUGCCAAAGAACUCUACCAGUCAAAAGAAGAAACAAGCUGGUAAAUAA